GAUUGGGACUCAAAAAAUGUGGACGACCUUGUUGAUGGUUACGGACAAGAAUGGAGAACGCAAGGAACUAGAAUAUAGAGCAAGCACAGGCUACUUUGUUUCAAUUGUGGUCACACAGUGGGCUGAUCUUAUUAUAUGCAAGACUCGACGGAACUCAAUCAUUCAGCAAGGUAUGGGAAACUGGGUUCUGAAUUUCGCCUUAUUCUUUGAGACAAUCGUUGCCCUAAUUCUUUGCUACAUGCCAGGAAUGAAAAAAGGUUUACGCAUGUAUCCGGUUCGUUACAAAUUUGCUUCAAGAUGGUACUGUUGGCUCUAUGGAAUUCCAUUCGGCUUAUUAAUAGUUUUCUUUGAUGAAGGACGCCGAUAUCUUAUUCGCAGAAGCCCCGGUGGGUGGGUUGAACAGGAGACAUACUACUAAAUAUAUAUUUCGGUAAAUAAAUAUUAAAAUAAAAAAUUGAU